UCCGGGAACGGAUAGCAGAAAGCGCCUGCAGCAGGCAGAAGCAAGAUGGAUCAUUCGGACCGCAGCAGAAGGAAAUCUCGGUCUGAAUGACCGCCUUGAUAUGAGCGUUUUUGCUUAAAUAAUGUUCCGAAAAAUAUGGCAUUAAAUCGGGACGCUCACCCUUUAGACAGGUCGUCUCAAAGAUUUUAUGUUUUGUUACAUUAUAAUAUUAUUGUUAUGCACAGUUCAAUGGUUGUAAUGUUUUUAAAGUUGUUAGCAUUUUUUCAUCUAAGAUUCGUAACACCCUCCUUUUAAUGACGUAAGGAUUCAGGAAGUAUUUACCUGAUCCUUCUCACCUGGAGAGGCGUGACCUGAAGAAGUGCCGGGAGCGGCACGAAAUAGCUAUCGUUGCAUACGGAUGUGUCUCCUGAACGCCCCGCUACGCUACGUUUGAAAAUGCACCUUAUUUAAAGAAAUAAAGAAGUUCAUACCUGUUCACCUAAACCUCACACCGACAUGGCUCUUUGGCUUCUCCUGGCAUCACUGGCACUAGUCUGUCCAGGUGGCCUCUUCUCUGCAAGCAAAGUAACUGGAUGGCCAAAAAUAAUAAAGUGCCGCUCCCCGCAGAUGGAAAUGUUUACCUGCUACUGGAGUUAUGAUGGUUUCAACAACAGAACAGACCAUGUAAAACUGCAGUAUAGAACAAGUGACAUACAUUGGAGGGACUGUCCUGACCCCACGUCUGGCGGAGAUAACAGCUGCUUCUUCAACAAAGAGCACGUGUCUGUACAGUCAAAUUAUUCAGUCCGUCUCGUUAGUGAGAAUUCUACAUCGCAUGUAUACCACUUUACCCUCAAGGAGAUUGUGGAACCAGAUCCCCCGGUGGCUCUGAGCUGGUCUCUUCAGUACAUUGACGGGAAUAAUUCACUGCUGGACAUCCACGUGACAUGGGAGCCUCCAAAGUUAUCCGCCAUUAUGUUACUCCUAGAAUAUGAAGUGCAAAUAAAAGAGGCGACUGAAGAGCAGUGGAAGUCGUAUGAUGUAGUCACCACCACCUAUUUACCAGUCUAUGGUCUCGAAGUAGGAAAAAAGUAUUUGCUACGAAUUCACUGCAGACUGCAUGGAAAUGAGAAGUUUGGAGAGUUCAGCGAGGAGCUUGUGAUCCCGGUAUUUGUAUCAGGUUUUAAACCAAAGGAUCUUAAUGGAUGGCCCAGUAUCACACAAUGCCACUCGCAACAGCUGGAGACAUUCACGUGUCACUGGACUUAUGGAAACUUUGAGAACUUAUCUGGCUCGCUAAAACUGCAGUAUAUGAUACCUGGUAUGAAUUGGACUGAUUGUCCUGACACUGUGUCUGAUGGUGAAAAUAGCUGCUACUUCAGUGAAGAGCACACUUCUAUCUGGGUGGGGUAUCUAGUCCGUCUUGUUAUUGGAAACAUCACCUUCGAUGAAUAUUCCUUCACUGUCAGUGAUAUUGUGGACACCACUGCCAUCCCCAGAAGCUCAUCUGCUGUCCAAAACAGAGGGCCAUUACUGAAGGACCUGAAAAAAACAUAUCCUUCUGGAAGGCCAAGUAUCACACUUUGUCGCUCACCACAGCAAGAGACAUUCGCAUGUUACUGGACUCAUGGAAAUUUCCGCAACUUAUCUGGAUCACUAAAACUGCAGUAUAUGAAACCUGGUAUGAAUUGGACUGAUUGUCCUGACACUGUAUCUAAUGGCGAAAAUAGCUGCUACUUCAGUAAAGAGCACACUUCUAUCUGGGUGGGGUAUCUAGUCCGCCUUGUUAGUGGAAACAUCACCUUUGAUGAAUAUCCCUUCACCGUUGAUGAAAUUGUGGUGCCAGACCCCCCAAUUUCUCUAAACUGGACACUUCUCAAUGUUAGCACAACCCGUUUACGUAUGGACAUUGAGUUAACGUGGAAGCCUCCAUCUUCAGCUGAUGUUAAAAGUGGAUGGAUGACAUUGGAAUAUGAAAUACAACUAAAAGUGGUCAAUGAAACAGAGUGGAAGGUGUAUGAGAUGGUGACAACCACGUACUCACCUAUCUACGGGAUGAAAAUAGGCAAGGAGUAUAUGCUGAGGGUCCGAUGCCGGCAAAAAGGGAAUGAAAACUUUGGAGAGUUCAGUGAAGUAUUAGUGGUUCCAACAGUAGUAAAUGUAGAACCCGAUGUUCCAUGGCCCCUUUUUAUUGUUAUUGGGAUAUUUGCAGUCCUGAUGAUCCUCGCCUUUAUAUUGUUCUGUAAAAAGAAAAGGCUGAAACUGCUGAUUCUCCCUCCAGUGCCUGUUCCAAAGAUUAAAGGGAUUGACCCUAUUCUACUACAAAAAGGAAAGUUGGAUGAAGUCAGCUCAAUACUUGCCAGCCAUGACAGUUACAAGCAACAGCUGUGCAGUGAGGACCCUUGGGUUGAAUUCAUUGAGCUUGACCUUGAUGACCAGGAAGAGAAGAAUGAGGGCACUGACACUGACCGGCUAUUGGGAGAAGAAUACCCCAAGGCCAGUAGUUGUCUGGCUGUCAAGGAUGAUGACUCUGGCCGGGCCAGCUGUUGCGAACCAGAUAUUCCUGAAACAGAUUUUGGUAACAGCGACAUGAGUGAUGAAACCUCAGAUACUGGACAAUGUCAGAAUACAAAAAAUAACCAAGCAGAUCUCUUGUGCCUUAGUGAAAAAUCAAAUAGUGGAGGCGUGCCUACAAAAACCCAAAUGCCAAAUACAGAAAUGAUGAGCACAAAGCCGGAGAAUUGUAAAGUUUGCCCAUUACUUGGUAAUGAGUCGAGUGUGCCUGCCACGACCCAUCUAAAGAGCAUCGGUUCAAAGCCAAGCAUGGAUUUCUAUGCCCUUGUAAGUGAUAUUACACCAGCCGGAAGACUUCUUCUUUCACCAGGGCAAAGAGUAAAGAUGGAGAACGAAGAAUGCAAUGAACCAGCCAUCCAACAGUCACCAAACCUCAAUGUGGACAAUUCUUAUGUAUGUGAUACCGCAGUGAUGCCAUUCUGUGCUGUGAAUUUCCCAGUGGAGGCCUCACAAAGUGUUCAACAGAAUCCUACCCUGGACAGCUACUUCACCCCCGAAAGCCUUACAGCUGCCACCAUGAGCUCUCAUGCCAUGGAAAAAGCUUUGAGUUAUGAGACGCCUGUGGCUGACUAUACCUCUGUUCACAUAAUAAACUCACCACAAAACCUUGUGCUUAACACUACUGCUCCGCCAGGCAAGGAGUUUCCACAACCAUGUGGCUAUAUGUCCACAGAUCAAGUGAACAAAGUAAUGCCAUAAUACCUUUUUAUUUUAGAAUUUUAGCGCAUGGGCUUGUACGGUUGAACCAAAAAAAAGAAAAAAAAACAUUGUCUACAAGCUUUUAUUGUGUUUAUCUUGUAAAGCUUAAGCUAAUAUAUUCAAUGUAAGAAUGCCAAAAUGUUUAUCAAAUUAUUUCAUUUAUGUAAUGAAUUGUAGCAAUCAUAGGGUAGUCUGUCUAGAGCUACUUCUCAUCUGUCACCCUGGGACACUAUCCACACAUCCAUCAAUCCAAACUGAAUGUGUUAUCUUUAUUCGGUGUCGUAUGUCUGCUUGUCUAUACUCAUUAUAUCACACGUUACGUUUUACAGUUAACGAAAGAUUCGACUUUAGAGCACACCUACUAAUUUUUAGAAGGCUUCUUGGUGGAUUGAUAUCCAUUAGGAACUGGUGUAGUUAUUCCGACUGUCAAUAUAGUUGAGAACAGGCCUAAAGGUUUCAUCUGUAGGAUAGUUUGUCCAAAGGUUUGAGUAGGGGAGAGGUUGGAGCAUAAAACUCUCGUAACUUCCACCAAUCCAAGGUUGUCCUUGGUAGAGAUGCUAUCCAAUGACAUUUUUGCAGAAUCAGAUGAUAACUCAAUACAUGUUAAUUGUCUAUAUAGUGGUUCAGAAUGUCUUCAUCUUUGGUCCAACUCCACCAUAAAAUUGUAAUGUAGAUAUAUUGGCAAUGCAAACCCCCUUUCAUGUGGAUCAUUUUGAACAUCCAAUGGGAUAAUGAAUCUGGUUGAUGGCCAUAUACAAUGCAGACCCAACAAUUAACCAGUUGUUCUUGUCUAAACUUUGACAGUCAUGAUGAUAAUAUUUAACAACAUUUUUAAAUGCAAUUGCUUAUUGAGGAAAACCACGUGCUAUGCGAAUGGGUUAAUAAUAGGGCUAUAUGAGAGCAGGUCUGGUUAGUAUUGAAACACAGAAAAAUAGUUUUGAGCUGAUAUUUUGUAAUAGUAAGAUUUGACACAUGAAUUAAAUACUGCUGCAUGCUCUGUACACUCGACUAUUCUGCCAGCAUUACCGCUACUACUUUAUACAAUGUGACUCAGUGAAUGCAGAUCCCAAAUGUUUUUUACAGAGUAUAUUUUUACAUCCAAAACCUGAAACGUGAAAUCAAUAUGUGGUGUAUAUAUACAGAGCCUAUGGAUUAUUUAGAAAUUCAUUGUAUACAGUAUUUUCCUAAAAUAUAGGAUUUAAUGCACAAAGACACAGACACUCAAUAUACCUCUAAAUAUGUGCGUAGAGAUUUUGUGGCCCAUUCUCUUGGGGCAACUUUUUUUUUUUUUUUUGGCCUGCCAGAAAAAAGGGAUGGUGUCAUCAGAAAAUUACCUAUUGUUGUUUAAAUCAGGUUUUUAUGUUAACCAUAUUUUUUAAGAAUAUAUGCUGAUGCUUUUAUUAAUCUUCCAAGGGGAGUUCAAUGAACAUAAAUUAUGAAAGGGUUUACACUGGGGAGUCCUUAAAGUUCUGCUUAUAUUGUACUCAUUAUCAUGAGCUAGUAGAUAAAAGGGGAACUCCUGUGGAAACAAGUGGGAAACAAAUGUUUUCAAAUCAACUGGUGCCAGAAAGUUAAACAGAAUUCUAGAAUCUUCUAUUUUAAAAUCAGCUGCUGUAUACUACAGAGGAAAUUGUGCAGUUCUUUUCAUUCUGACAACAGUGCUCUCUGCUGACACCUCUGUCCAUGUCAGGAACUGUCCCGCUUAGAAGCAUAUCCCCAUAGAAAACCUCUCCUGCUCUGGACUGUUCCUGACAUGGACAGAGAUGUCAGCAGAGAGCACUGUGGUGAGACUGGAAGGAACUUCACAAAUUUCUCUGUAGUAUAUCUGUAGCAUACAGCAGCUGAUAAGUACUGGAGGGGUUAAGAUUUUUAAAUAGAAGUAAUUUAAAAAUCUGUUUAACUUUCUGGCACCAGUUCAUUUGAAAAAAAAAAAUGUUUCCACCAGAUUACUACUUUUAAAUCAGGAUGAUCAGUGGCCCUUUAAAAUAGCCAGGAAACCUGUCACCAUGAAAGUGCUAUCUAAUCUAUCUUCAUUAUGUUAUAGAGCAGGAACAGCUGAGCAGAUUAAUGUAUAUCUUUGUGGGAAAAGACUCAUUAUAACUUAUGUUGAUUGAAAUCCCUGCUCUUCCUAUUCUCAGGAGUCCAGUGGGCAAUUUCUCUCAACUAUUGGACUACCCCCUGGACUCCUAUGCCUGGAAAUGUCAGAUUUUAAUCAAUACCCACAAAGAUAGAUAGAUAGAGAUAUAGAUAUAUAUGUAUAUGUGUGUAUAUAUAUAUAUAUAUAUAUAUAUGUAUAUAUAUAUAUAUAUAUAUAUAUAUAUAUCACUCUGCUCAGCUUCUCCUGCUCUAUAACAUGAUAUUGAUUGAUUAUAUAGCAUUUUCACUUUGAAGAAGUUUUAACACC